AUGAAGGGGCUCCCGGUGCUGUCCCUGCUCCUUUGGAUGUGUGCGGUGUACUUUGUGGGCAUCUACCUGUUUGUGGGUGGCUUCCUGCUGGUGAGGCUGGAAGUGAACAGGACCAGCACCUGCGGAGACGUGCUGCAGCCCGGAGAGGAGCCGGUGGACUUCUGCCGCGUCCAGCCGCGUUUCCGCCGGGCUGUCCUCCUCAUCAUCGACGCCCUGAAGAUCGAUUUCGCGUGGUUCGACCCCAACAACACGGCGCCGAGACCGUACGAGAACAAGCUGCCCGUGUUGGAGGAGACGGUCUCAUCCAGGCCUUCCCACAGCCGCCUGUAUCCUUUCCGCGCUGACCCGCCUACGACCACCAUGCAGAGGAUCAAGGGCUUCACCACGGGCUCCUUGCCUACCUUCGUGGAUGUAGGUAAUAACUUUGCAUCCAGUGCCAUCCUGGAGGACAACCUCAUCCACCAGUUUGGGCAAGUGGGCAAACGAGUGGUGUUCAUGGGCGACGACACUUGGGAGAAUCUUUUUCCGAAGAAGUUCCACCGCUCUCUGCCCUUCCCCUCUUUCAACGUGAAGGAUCUGCACACCGUGGACAAUGGGAUCCUCCAGCACCUCUACACAACUAUGGUGGGGGACGAUUGGGAUGUCCUGGUUGCUCACUUCCUCGGUGUGGAUCACUGCGGCCACAGGUUUGGUCCCGACCACCCAGCCAUGGCAGACAAGCUCACCCAGAUGGAUGGAGUCAUCAGGUCUGUGAUUGACCGUCUGCACAACGACACCCUCCUGGUGGUGAUGGGAGAUCACGGGAUGACGGACACUGGAGAUCACGGCGGAGAAAGUCAGAAGGAGACCGACGCUGCCAUCUUCCUCUACAGCCCGUCCCCUCUGUUUCCCGGACCGCCGUCACAGAGUGAACCGGACGUGGUGCCCCAGACAGACCUGGUGCCCACCCUGGCUCUGCUGCUUGGAGUUCCCAUCCCGUACAGCAGUGUGGGGCAGGUUCUCUUGCCUCUAUUCCCCCCCCACGGGCAGACGGAAGGUGCAGUUGGGCGUCUCAGCCAGCUGGAGGCGCUGUGGAUCAAUGCAAAACAGGUUAACCGUUUCCUAGAGACUUACUCCGGCAUGGCCAAAGACAUCCCGCCAGAGAGCCUCUCUCAGCUGAAGCGCCAAUUCUCCCGCCUCUCCUCCGAGUACCUCAGCUCGGUUAGAGAGGGUCGGUCACCCUCGCCGCAGCUGGCCGCCUCGCUGCAGGCCUACCUCACCUCCGUCCGAGACACGUGCCGAGCCACCUGGGCUCGAUUCAACCCCCUCAAGAUGGCGGUCGGUUUGGCCAUCCUGGCGUUCGCCUGCUUGACGUGUUUCGUCCUGUCUGAGCUGUCCCCGGUGCUGAUCAGGGAGAACGCUCCCGGGCUGACGGCCCCGCUCGUCGUGGCACUGGCGGCGGGGGCUUGCGCGGCUGCCUGGCAGUUGCUGGCGCGGGGCUCCGUGGAGGCGGCGUGGUGCCUGGCGGCCGCCGCCCUCAGCUCUGAACUGCUCUUUCUCUGGAGAGCCCGUCGGCGCGGCGCCGUCCCCGCGGACAAAAACGGAUCCAAAGCGCCGAAGCGUGCCACCUGGCUGACCCCGUGCCGCCUCCUCCUCAUCCCGCCGCUCCUGGUGCCACUGCUCCGCUGUGCCUCCCUGCUCUCGGACAGCUACGUGAUCGCCGAAGGCCGGGCGGUGACCUUUCUGGUCUUCUCGCUGGCUCUCUACAUUCCCAUCCACCUCAACUGGGAUGGCCUGCUCCUGCCGCCCAUCCACGACCCUCUCAAGGCCGCGGGGUUCCUGCCGCCCGCGGCCCUGUCCCCGUCGACCGUGAGGAGAGAAAGCAGCGUCCUCCUGGCCUGCUUGGGGCUCCUCGUCGGCAGCCUCUACCUCUCCCUCUCCUUCCACGCCUGUCGGGAAGAGCAGGGCUCCUGCCAGCCGUCUCCGUUCCUCUCUCCCCUGUCCCGGUUGCAGGACAGCCAGCUGAAGAACCUGCACUACGUCCUCUCCGUCUUCUCCCUGGGGCUGUGGACGUACCUGCUGAGGCGCUGCCUCCGCCACUACGGCAACCUCAACUCCUCCGGCGGGACGGCGUUCACGGCCCACUGGGUCCUGCCGCUGCUGUCCGUGUGCCUGGCGCUCCACUGGGCGGUCAGCGCCACCCCGGAGGACAGCUUCAGGAACCUGGCCGAGCUGAUCGGCCUGGCCCAGCUGGCCCUCCCCAGGGCCGCCUUCUGUCUCCUGGCGCUGGGGCUGUUCCUGAUCUGGCUGGAUCCCCUCACGGUCUUUGUCAAGACCAGGGGCGCGGCCUCGGCCAGAGCGUCGCCGCUGCCCCCGCCGAGCUACCGGGCGAGCACGGGCAUCAGCCCCCAGGCCGAGCUGCACCACCUCAUCCCCCAGAUCUACCAGCGCAUGCGGCGCUCCAUGGACGACGGCGGCGAGCUGAGCGGGGCCGGCGAGGUGGACAGCAGUCCCGCCGUGAAGGCCUACGGACUGGGGACCGUCUACUCCGCCCCCUUGCUGCUGUUCUGCGGCCUGCUGGGAAUUGGCCUGCUGCUGCUGCACCCAGAGGGCAUGGCUCUGUCUUUCCUCCUGCUGCUGCUCGAAAUGGGAGCGCUGUUGCACAUUCACGCUUCCUCCACUAACCUCAGUAGCCUGCACGGAACCUAUUCUGGUGGCUUUGACGUGCCCUGGACUCCAGUGGUGCUGUGGUCCCUGGCGGCCACCCAGUUUUUCCACGCCACAGGUCACCUCCCCACCUUCCCGUCCAUCCAGUGGGGCGCUGCCUUCGUGGGGUUCCCUGACGGACACACAGGCACCCUACUGCCCGCCUCACUGGUCACCCUCAACACUUUUGCCUCACACAUCUUGUUCGCAGGUCUUUGCUUCGGUCUGCGCAGCUGCUAUCCUCAGGAGACACCUAAUGGUGUGGAAGGUUUUUGCACCCAAGUUAAUGUUCGAGGCCUCAGGGUUCCUGGUGAGCAGCGUGUCUCUACUGAUCGGGGUCACACUAGUGCUGAGAGUAGACGUGGCCGUGGGCCGCUGGUUUAAGAGACUCGUCCCGGAUGCGUCUAGGUAGCGACGCCGGCGCUGCCCACCAGAGCUCAACGCGCCACAGUGAAAAGGGACAUAAAAGGGACUUUAAAGUUUUUUUUAUACCGACCUCUCACAAGAAAAAAAAUGACAUUGCCAUCUGUGUCUCGCAUAAGGAUCCCCACAAACACGUCGUGUGAGGUUGCCACGUACUGUAACUCUCUUUGAGGGCUAUGUCAUGCAUUACUGACAUUUUCAGCCAGAGAGACUUAAGGACAUCUUAGACUGACUGAACUCUUCUGGAUCGCAUGUGGACUCACCUAGAUACCGUAAUACGCUUGUAGACCACCUCACUUAGCUCAUGAGGUUGAAGGCCUUUGGGAGUGGUUAGAGCAGGAGCCACAGUCUCUGAAUGUCUCCUGGACUCCUGUUUUCUAACUUAAUAGAAUGGAUGAAACAUACCGAGCUCUCCAAGCCAGACAGUCCGGCAAAUGGUUCACGGUGCAGCGGUCAAAGAGCUUCCCGAAAUACAUAACACUAAACGGUUUACACUAGCAACAUGGCUGUCACAGUUGGCUACCUACAACAUUUAAACCAAAUUGGCCUUUAAGGAAUUUUCCCCCUCCCCAACUUUGUAACCGAGGCUCACAUGUAUGUGAAAGUUCAGUGUUAUAGAGGGGGAAAUGGAACUAAAGGAGCAGGUGAAUGUUUGGUCGGUUCAGUGUCUUGCUGCUGAAGCCUGACUUUGGGACUCCACAGCGACAGAAUGACCACUUCAACCACCAAAGCCACCCAAUGUCUGGCGCUACUUCACGAUCAAUUUGCAAGCCAAUCUACUCCGUUUUGGUGAAAAAUGCAUUACACCAUGUCUGUCAUCGCUGAAGGAACUUUUCCAUAUUUUUUUUUUUUAUGUUUUCUAUUUUCAAGAUGUUGAAAUAACCAGCGUGUCUUGUUACUGCCAAUUCAUAGUUUUACUGUGAACGUUUUUGUUUGUUUUUUCGUUCGGGUUUUCAAUCUGUUCAAUCUGGCGCUUUUGUGAUUGUAGGGUUCCGAUUCCUCACUUUAAUGCCUAUUUAUAAUUUAGAUUCUUUUAAUCCUUUUUUUUUUUUUUUUUUUUUUUAUCUCAAAUUAUACUUUUGUCUUAAUUAGGCCAAUUUCCCCCCCCUGGAAUAGGUGCCUAGCUUUGACCGAUGCCUUUUUUUUCGUGUAUGAUGUCAUUAUGUUGAAAGGGUCAUUAAAUCCAGGACCUCCAGAAACGCAGUCAGUAAAUUUAUUUCUGCGGGACGUCUGAGUCAGUGUUGGAUGCGAGAUCUGUUGAUGUGAUGCAGCUGUAGUCAGCAGCUGACGCUCAUUAGCUAAUGCACGAAGGGAUGUCGACUCAGGAUGAAUUAGCUACAAUGCAAUAGUACUGCAUUUCUCAGGCUGUUGUAUGGGAGUGAUUGGUCAUUUAUAGCGGCUGCUGUAGUGAUUAGCCCAAGUGAUGGUUUGGCUAGGUUGUGUGAUGACGGGGCAUUUUUUUUUCUGUUUAAAUAAAAAAAAAAA